CCCUUCCCCUUUUAAAAUUUUAGUGUAACUCUAAUUGUCAUGAAUGGAAGGGGAAGCUUUAAGGGUACAUAAAGUUUUUUUCUUUCCGAGUUUGUUUGAAAAUGUUGUGCACUUUUUAUUUAUUUUAGUGAUUUAUCAUCGAGAAUCAAUGGAGGAACGCUCUAAGACCUAUGUCUUAGUAGAAAAUCUUGAUUGGCUCAUUGAAAAUCAUUAUCUUCAUGUCCGUACGAGAAUCAUUGGAAUGUAAUAAGACAAACAUAAUGUCUUAGUAGAAAACAUUAAUUUCUCGUUAAAUAUUAUUGUUUUGUUGUUAAACAAAAUUUGAAUCAAAUCAUUAAAUUAAAGGAAUCAACGAUUUCCGAACUUACACAUAAAUCCUAAGCCGAUAGACUCAAAAUUAUUGACCUAUUAAAGGAAUCAACGAUCAUGCUUGGCCCUUGAUCCUCCAUAUCAUAUAUGUGUAAAUAGAGUUUCAACAUUUUAUCAAUACCAAACUUACUUUUCUUUGUAUUGUUUAAUAGGAAGAGUAUCACCCCAUCAUCUAUAGGGGGAAUUCGCGAUUGCCAACGUGGCAUAGAUGGUACGAGCCUUACCUUCAUAUAGCGAGAUUGUUCUGAGCACGAGUUUUUGUUAAUAUGCAAACUGACAAUGAGUUUAUGAUGGAUUUGGCAGAGAGGUGACAACUUGAGACGGAGAGAUUACUAUCAUGAUGAUGGAUGUCGCAAUCAUUACUAGGCUGCCGAUCAAUGGAGAAGCCAUCACCGGGACGUCAAGACAUUUGGAGGAUCGUUGGGCGCAACAAAUACUUCGAGUCUUGGUAUUACUGCCCAAGUUAAUGGAGAUUAAAUAUAAAAAGAAUAAUGUGUCAAUCAUUUGAUGAGACUUCUCUUUUCUAACAAGUCACAAACUUACAUGCAUGGCAUAUGUCUGCACAUACUCCUGAGCGAUUGGGACGACAUUGGGAGGAAGAGUUGGGGAUCCGGAUGCUUGGCUUGGCUUUAUCGUGAGCUAUGUAGAGCUACAAGCGUCAUGACGCCUCAAAUUAGUGGUCCUACUUUCAUCCUUCAUAUUUGGGCAUGGGAGCACCUUCUUAUUAUUGCUCCUCCGCUCAUGCCAUCUUUGGAGUGGGAACCAAUCGAUCCACAAUGCGAUGAUGCUUAUGGGGUUAAGUAAGUUUUUGCUCUCUUCUUUAUUCACAUAUUAUCUAUUGCCCUAAUAUGUGUAGUAUAUGACAAGCAAAUUGAUUGACUUUGGCAUAACAAGGUAAAUAUUAAAAUAUGUGUAUAAUUGUGAAUUCAAAGGAUAUGAUUAGGAAUGAUUUUUUUAUAAAUGAACAUCAAUGUGAAUGUAGAUUAGGUGGGACCCAUAUCCCUUUGAGGUGGUCUAAAGGCAUAGGUUGAGAAUUUAGAGCUUCAAAUGAGUCGAACUGCUCGCGAGCGGCUCGGCGUUCGACUCGAGAAAAGCUCGUUCAAAACUCGACUCGUUAAUAAACGAGCCACUCGUUAAUAAAUGAGCCGAACACGAGCUCACAUUUGUUCAACUCGUGAAGCUCGCGAACUAGCUCGACUCGGUGGCUUGUUGAGCUAAACUCGUGAGCUGGCUCGUUUAGAGCUCAUGAUAUGUCUUGACAUGUGGUUGGAGAGCCAACUCGAUUACCAACUUAUGGACGAAUCAAUCUAUAUCUUAUGAUUUUAAUUCAUAUGGUUGUUAAAUUAUAUAUUUUUACGAUAUAUAAAGUUUAACACGUUGAGUUUGUGAACAAAUAUAUCUUAUUUUCUACUUUAAAAAGAAAUUAUGCAUCAUAGAUUGCUUCGAUACUAUGAAAUAACAUGAUUUGGAGUAGUUAAAAUUUAUUAACUAAAUGAUAUAUUAUACCAACAAAGUAUAAUAUGAGAUUAACUAACAAAUUAAAUCAUAUGUAUCAUGAUAUACAAAAUGAAGUAUAAAAUAAAAGUUAAGAUUUUAAUAAACAAGCUAGCUCGAACUCGAUUCGACUCGACUCGUUAAUAAAUGAGCUGAGCUCGACUCGUUUAUUAACGAGCCGAGCUCAAACUAGGGUAAAACUCGACUCUACUCGGCUCAUUUGCAGCCCUAGUUGAGAUAUCCCAAUGGUCACAACUAUUGGAGUUGUAUAGUACCUCCAUUUUGUUUCUUAAUCAUCGAGUGGAACCCACCUCAAAGAUGUACGAGGCAUUUUGACAUCAACCAACCAAUUCCUCAAACACCUUCGCGUGACCUUCAAGGACUGCACGACGUGGACGUUCGAGCCAAUGAAAUCGACUGGGCCACGUACCAUGAUGCAUAUCUAACCUUAUGGGAUAAUAGUGCGAGUCGUGUUCUUCGUGGUGAGACGUUGAAUGGUAGGGAGCCGGGGUACCAAGACCAGUACAUGGUAUGGUACCUAAGGUUUACUCUACGAUGGGUGUCUCAAGAAGGUGCAAUAGUUGGAGCAGUGGUAAGUCCAAAUGUGAUUUUGUUUUGUUUAUAAAUUUAUGCUUACUAUUUCUCAAUAUGUGUGCUUUAGAUUGAUGACUUGGAUAUUGCAAGCUCAACCCUCGAUUAAUUAAUUAACCUUGGCAAUUGGCAUGCAAAGUGCAAACAUAUACUAGCCAUUUUGUAAUCUACCAAUUUUUUGGGCUUUAGAUUCUCCGGCCCAAUACUAAUGACGCGACUGAGACACAGACAGAGCAAAGCUUAGCAGCCUCUUUCUUUUCAUUCUCGUUCGCUCUCUCUCUCCCUCUAGAAUUUGACCUCCAUUUUCACAGAAGGAAGAAAGGAAAGAAAAAAACUAUUAGACGCAAAAACAAGGGAAGAAAAAAGGAAAGCAAACAGCCCGGCAGCAGCAGAGCUGUCAACGUUUUCAACAACUUAGAGGGCAAACCAAAGGGAAGAAAAAAGAAAAAUCCUUUUUCAACUCUCUCCAUCUUCUCAACUGAUUGUAAUCCUUGGGGUUGGUUGCCAAUUUCUUUCUGGUUCAAACCUCAUCGGUAGUGGACUCGGCUGCGUUUGGUGCAUCUGCUCUGUUUCUUAAACAAAUCAAAAUCUCCCCCUAACCAUCCAGAGAGAAGGGGCUCUUUGGUUCUCUAAUGGGUCUUGUUUGUUGGCCUCUCCUUUUCUAUUCAGGUUGUUUGUUGGUUUGACUCCGGUUGAAGCAACCCAUUUUUCCUUCUUCAGCCCCCUCUCUCAAAUGAGCUUUGUUUUGUUCUCUUGUACACUUUGGGGCACAAGUAAUUGUGUUAAUUGGAGUUGAAAACUACGAGGCUUUGUGCGGGCAAGGAAAAAGGGAGUUGCUUGAUAUGGUUGUGGGGGAGUAUUUGUGCUCUCACAAAAGGAGAGGUUUAGGGUUUGUGUAUUGGAUAGUCUUCUCUUUGUGGUUUGGGUUCGUGGUUCUGCUGCGUCCUGUGGUGGGGCUGAGGCCCUUGAGGGAACAGAGACGAUCAUGGGGCGAUGAGGUCAGUUUUGAGUUUUGACUUCUUUCCUUCUCUUUUGGGUUUAAUGUUUGGUCAAUUCUGGGAAAAUGUUGUGCAUUUGCGAUGGACAAUAUAAUGCUGAGAAGUUUCCUGCUCUAGUGACUAGCGAGCUCCGUAGCAGUUUUUUUCAAUUAAAUUUCGCCCCAUUUUGUUUCACGAGGGAAAACCUUCUUUACGAGGUUUUCCUUUUUGAGGUCUUUUGUUCCGUUAGCUGUUAGCUGAGGGUUCUGUAUUAGCAAUAGGUUGUGAACUGGCUUGUGAAUUGCACAUGAAGUUGUUUCUAGGAAAUGCGUGCAGGGGGGAAUUUGUGAGUCUGCUGCUUCUGUUACGCAAUUUGUUGCACCUGUGACUAAUGAAGUGAGCAACUUCUUAAUAGAGUGUAGUUGUUGGAGUAACUUAACAACAAAUGGUGCUGUGGGUAUGUUUGUGCUGAGCUGAGAAGAGUCAGAUUCCUGCUAGUUUUAGCAACUAGAGUUCAGUUAUGAAGCUUGAAUGGCCGACCAAGAUUGCUCGUCUAUCCUAUCGGACGCUAAGAGUCAGUUUGAAAGUUUGAAAUAGGAAUCCGUCAGCUUCUAAAGUUUUAUUACAGGAACAAAUUUGGCUGUGGAUGUUAGGAAGUGAGAAUAUCAUGGGAGGGAUACAACCUUGCUCUAGUUUUAUUGAAGAUCCAAUUGAUACUGUGGGACUCUUUCAAUUAUGUUUUGAUAUUGUAUAUCAGGUUUUGAGGAAGAUAGAAAGCCAUAUAUUAUGCGCAGAUGUACCAGCAGAAUGUUGCAGCAUCAUCAACCUGAGUGUACUUACUUUAUGCAUGUUCUUGAUUUUGAUUCUUGCAGUGGCUAUUUGUUAGGAAAGAAGAAAGUGACCUGGGCCCAUUUUCUGCAUGGAACAUUACAGGAACUUACCGAGGUUUGUUCACUCAAGACCUUAAGUGGCUUUCAGACAUGUCAUGUAUGCGUAUGUUCAAAGUGUUUCCUGAUUUGGGAAUAACUCACUAAUAUUGUGCUUUGUGAGCAAGGUUGCCAACCCUUAAUAUUCUCUUAUGUUACAUUGGAUUCCUUAAGUUCUGGGAAGCAUUGGCUUGUUUAGUUUUUCAUAAAUAGUUGCUUAAGUAGUGCCCUAACCUUAGAAGGUUGAGACACGUAGGUUAGUUGGAAAGUACACCAGGAAAGUGAAAUGAAGUUUGAAGAAUCAUUAAGCUGUUUGACAUUUGAAAGGUUUGCUAACACAUUUUAUGUAUUCAUCUUGAUGGUCAUAAAUCCUUUGUUUACUUCUCUUAUGGUUGAUUAAUGUGCCUAUGCUUGGGUCAUGAACUGCAGGGUCUUGGAAGUUCCUUGAUUCUGCAAAUAGCUCUUCCAGGUUUCCAGAUUUCAGGAAGUCCAAUGGUGAUUCUGUAAUUGAGUUGGUCAGCACACAGACCAAAAUUACUGGUGUUCACUAUGUCCAGGUGAUUUUCUUCUGUUAUUUCCUUACUAGGGCGGAAAUCUGUGCUAUGCCACUGGAAACUGGAAGUAUUUGAUAGAGCAGUGCAAGCUGUGAAAUUCUCUGUACGGUUAUACAUGUCUACUAAACGUUAAGCUGUCAAUGGUAUUAGUUCAUGACUUCAUGGCAGUAUGUAGCCUAAACAAAAUAAAAGAGGUAACAACCUGUUUCGCGAAGAACAUAGGAAGGCCUUUUCUGCUCAUUCUCUGACUCACCUUUCAUGGAGACGGCUUCCAUUUUCUUCCCCCUUUCUGUACUCCGUUUUCUCAUGUUCUGAAUGUCUGCUGAAACUUCUAUAAUGAAGUCACUCUCUGUUAGGUUAUAUGAUGGAUGUUAACAGAAAGCUGUUAAACCCUAUGAAAAAAAGAAAGCUUUUACAACAAAGUAGUAAGCAAGUACCUUCAGAGCUGAAAAACGAACUACGUUGGGGCUUAAAGCUCAUCAUAAGGAACCAAGAGAUUUUACUUGAAAAUCAACUGUUUCAUUAGUUUGAUUAAGCUAGACCUUUAUCUUUGCUGACAACGUCAUAACUAACUGCUGCUGCUGCAGUUUAAUCAGGCUAAUCCCGGGAACAGUGUCUUAGAAGCAUUAAGAAAAGUAAUCCUGCAAGUAUUGACAAAUCACUAAACUCUGCAUUCUAUUUGGUUCUGUUUCCGGACUGAAGAACACAUUACAAAGUGAUAUCGAAAAGCAAAAAUCUUUGCAAUUAAUAACUUAAUUAGUCAUUAGUCAUGCUCAUAAAGACUCUCAAUCAAA